ACCACUGCGGCUGCACUGCGGGGCCGGGCGGCAGCGGGGCGGCAGCGCGCAGGCGGCGCCCGCCCAGCCCCACCUGCCGGAGGGGGGCACGGACACGGCGGGAAGGGGGGGGGGGGCCCAAACUGCAUCCCACCCCCCCACACACCUCCCCAAAGCCUGCGCCGUUCGGGCCCGGAGUGUUGCAUCAGCCCCGGCGGAGCGGCCGGAGGAGCCGGGGGAGGGAGGGGGACCGGCCGCCUCCCCUCCGGGGAGGGUCCCCCCGGCAGCCCGGGCGGCCAGACCGGCCUUUGUGCCGCUGCAGGAGCCGCGGGGGCCGUGCGAAGCGACGGGGCAGCGGGGAGACCGGGCAGCAUCCUCGGGGACCGCGCUUGGCACCGGCAGCGCCUGCAUCCCUCUGCCUUUCAGAUAACCUUUAGCUGCUCGCGGCCCCGCGGCUCCUCUGCGGGCGGAGCUACGCUCUGGAGGAAGAUUGGGGGCUUCGCUGGGACCCCCGCUCUGAUGGACCCCAAGGUGAUGCAGCAAGCAAGAAGCUGAGCUGGGGACAGAGGUGCCGGGGACAAGGCGCGUGGCAGCCCUGGCACCCGCCAAGGCGAGCUGCCCUCCGGCUCGGGAUGCUCCUGGAGCCCCUGCCCCGCGGGAGCUGCUGCUGACGGCAAGUGGGAGAGCCGGGAAGUCAGAGCAAAAGAAUUUGCAAACACAUUCUUCAGCGCCACGAGGAUCCCACGGCGCGUAAACAGGAAUAAAGGCUGGGCGGAGGCGGGAGCCGGGGCGAGGCAGGGGCUGCUGCUGAUUCCUGUGAGACCCCUCCGGACUCACCUGCCCUGGGCAGCACCGCCAUCCCCAGUUCACCAUUCCCAGCUGCAGGUGAUCCGGCGUGGGACGUGAAGCGGGGGGCUGCGGAGUGACGGCCAAUGUCACGUUAACAUCCCCUGCAAGGCGCUGCGGGAAGCUGAUGCUUUGAUCGCCUGCCCAAGAGCAUCCUCCGAGGAAGGCAGGAUGCCGCUCUGAGCUCUGCCUGCCCCGGCCUCGCGCCCAGCACCCUCGGGGCUGGCAGAGAAGAGGGGCGCGGGGCCCGCUGGCGCUGCCCCGUCUCCCCAGGAUGCUCUCCCGUGCCAGCGGCUGCUCCCUGUGCUCCUGCUCUGCCAGACCAAGAUUGAAAGCUCAGCAGGCUGCCGGCAUGUUUUAGCCUCAUGCAGGCGUCCCUCAGAGACCCCAGAGCAGUGGACAGUAAUGUGAAAACGAUACUCAUGUCGUGUCUGAAAGGGCAACAGGUCAUCAUUAAAAUGGAGGCAAUGAAAAUCAUCCACCCGGAGAAGUUUUCGGAGCUGCAGGCCUCGCAGCAGCGCUACACGCCGGCCCCGCGCCGCGAGCCGCCCCUCGUGGCCAAACGAGCCUGGCCCUCCGAGUCUGAGAUCAUCGUCAACCAGGCGUGCGGGGACAUCCCUGCCCUAGAUGCCACCCCCGCGCCCCUGCCGCUGCCCCGGACUCCCCCUCUGCCGCGGCGAGAGCGUGCGUACCAGAACCAGCGGAAGGGCAGCUCGGAGGUCUGCUACCACCGACAGCCGCCGUCGGACGAGGUGAUCGUCAACCAGUACGUGCUGCACCCCUCGACGCCCUGCGAGCCCCUCGAGUGCCCCACCUGCGGCCACAUGUACAACUUCACCAACAAGCGGCCCCGCAUCCUCUCCUGCCUGCACUCGGUGUGCGAGGAGUGCCUGCAGAUCCUCUACGAGUCCUGCCCCAAGUACAAAUUCAUCUCCUGCCCCACCUGCAAGCGGGAGACCGUCCUCUUCACCGACUACGGGCUGGCGGCGCUGGCUGUCAACACCAGUAUCCUCAACAGACUGCCGGCCGAAGCCCUGGCCGCCAACCCCGUCCAGUGGAGCAGCGACACCGACCGCAGCUGCUACCAGACCUUUCGCCAGUACUGCGGGGCUGCCUGUACCUGCCACAUCCGAAACCCGCUGUCUUCCUGCACCAUCAUGUGAGCCCCGCGCCCCUGCCCGCUCCUCCCAGCAGCCAGCGGGCAGGAGAGGAUGGUGCAGUGCCGGUCUCUGGUCCCUUCUUCACCGGUGGCACAGCCUAAGGAUGCUCCGAUCCUUUGCUGCAGUCAAGGAUGUGGGGCCAGCGUCCUCACCAGUGCUGAAGGGGGGCAAUGGGGACGCUGGGACCUGGCAGCAGCCCCCUGCACCCCGGUGGUGCGCAGGGAGAGGGACGCUGAGAUGGGAAGCAUGUCCACCAGAGCAGUCAGGGGCUCCAGCUCCUCCCAGUCCUGUGGCGGGUGCCCUCGCUGUGCAUUGAGCAUCCUGCCGUGCUCCUUCCCAGGCACCUUCUCCCUCCUCUCUCCUUGCACCUCCCAAGAGCAGACACUGGGUCCUCACUGGAGCAGCACCCUCCCCAUCACCCUGCAGCCGGCGGUGGUGGCACAAGGAGCUGUGGAGUUGCCUGGUGCUGCGCUGGGUCACCCACCCAGCACCGCACCGGGUCACCCACUCGGCACAGAAGGCGAGGACAGAUCCACGGCUGCCCCUCCCUCCCCCCUCCUUCUCUGUAAGUUAUUUGCCAAAGCUUUCAUCUCAGCGGCCAAGCCGCCGUGCACCCGAGUCGUUGUAGCCACGCCAAGCCGCCACACCGGCCCCUCGGUUGCGAGCAGACACGCGGCCCAUUUCCUCCGCAGGCCCUUGAGGAAAGCUCCACUUUAUCCUCGUUUUGGAGGAUUCUUCUUUUUUUUCCCCCCAUCUGUCCCCCGGCCCAGGCCACGACGCGUUCACAAAGGCAUUGAGCUGUGCCCGUUCUCUGCCGCUCCUGUCAGGGCCCUGCACCGAUGCCCCCUGGAAUGGCUCGAGGUACCCCAGAUUGCUGGCUCCUGCCAGGGGAUUUGGCUGGGCAGGUGGGGCAGAGGUCUGGUCCCUCCCCUGGAGCGGCACCUCUGCUCUGACCCUUGUGUGGAGGGGCUGGCAGGGCGGCAGCCCCCUGUGCACAGUGCUGCUUUCUCCAGGGCCUCUGGAGGGGUAAGUUUGCUGCCAAAAAAAAAAGCAAAAAAAAAUUUAAACCUAAAAAGUUGAAGAAAAAGCCAUAAUUUGCAGGUGCUCCUGUGGGGCUGAGCACCGCGAGCCGGCACAGCCCCGGCACCAGGGGCAAGCGGUGCCUGGUCCCAGGGCAGCAGGGAUUGCACAGCCCUGCACCCCGGCGCUUCUGGAGGAAAGAGCAGCCCCGGCUCUGGCCAAUGCCAAUGCACAGCAUCCAUCCAGGCAGAGGGGCUGAACCGAGCCCUGGCCGCCCCAAGGGAGCAGGCGAUGCCCCGGGUACCAGCCCGCUGCCAGCGGAGAACAGGGGCCGAUACCGUUUCUGUGUUGCUCUGCCAAUGCCUCCCGCUGCUGGUUGUGACGAUGAUCAUGUUUUAUACCCGGCCUUGUUCUGACCCCCAUUAGUCUCCCCAAUAAAGAUUAUAU